GGCAGCUGGAGGCUGGAGAAGCAAAGCUGAGAUGUUCCCAAUAAAGGGCCUUGUGCUGAAGCUGGAUCCUGAGGAGAUGAAAGGGAAGAUGUGUUGAGGAUGUGAUCUCUACCUUAUGAGCUUCCUCAUCUGUGUGGCUGUGCAGUGAGUCACACCUUUUAUCCUAAAGGAGUUGGACAGCGUAUGAAGAUGGGCAUCACAUGUGCAUGCAUGAUGUGAAGAACCCAGUUACAGUUUCUACUAUCUGCAAAUGAAUAGGCCCAGAAAGUUGUGAGAGACUCUUUGAUUGAAUAGAUGUAAAAAUUCUACUUGUUAAGAACAAAUUUGGUUCUGGUAACUGACCUUCAUAGCUAAAAUUUGAAACGACUUGUGAAGUAAAGACAUUUUGUAGUGAUAAUACACCCAUAUGCCUGUGAUGUUCAGCCUCUGGGAAUGUUGAUAUAAUUUUAAGUAAGGUCAACCUCCAUUCUCUAGCAAGUAUUAAUUAUAAGGGAAUUAUGU